AUGGAUAACAGCUGGAGAUGUGAGUCAUGCUUAGUUGUAAACUCAACUAAUGCAGAAGAAUGUGAAUGUUGUAUGCAAAAAAGAGGCAGUACUGAAGCUACUGGCAAUGCUACUAACGAUAAUAAAGAUAGUAAUGAAAAUGCCCAGGAUACAAAAAUAAAUGAAAGUGAACAAAAACCCAAAAUUACAACUGGAGAAGGGGGAGGUUUUAUGCCUUCUGUAGAAUCUACAAAUAAUAAAAAUGAGGCGGAAUCAAAAAGCGUAUUUUUAACAGGUGCAGAUAAUAAUAAAUCCGUCAAAAACGAAGAGGAUGGUUCCGAAGAUAAACAAAAAAAUAAUGCAAAUAAAUCUAAAGAACGAAAACGAGGUGAAAAAAGGGAAAGGCAAUCAUCCUCAAGAAUCCAACCAUCGAGAAGAUGCACACAAAAAAAAAUAUGCUAUAAAACAUAA